CUGAUAAUUUUAAGGCUUCCCGUAAAGCUGUAUCGUACAAUCAACCUUCAAGCAUUAUUUUGAAAAUGAUAUUUUGUGGGGAACAACUGAGCGAUAAGCAUUUCCAAGCAUUCGAAAAUUCAUGUGCAAGAUUUUAGUUAAAUUUGUGGCAAGAUCAAUGAGUGCUUAUUUUGCUCUUCACAAUUAAAUCAAAUGCACUAUAGUUUAGUUAUUUGAUUAAAUUGCUUAGCAAAAUUAAAUAACUAAUAAAUCAGUAUUAUUUGGUCAUGUCGCGUAGCAAGGAAGACGAACUGUUGGAGGAGCGUAUCGAAAAAAUUCGGCGAAAGAAUGAAGAAAUAAAGAGGCGACAUUUGGAGGUGGAAGCGGACAAGCGGCACGCGGCGAAGCUGAACGCGCUGGUGCAGCCCAAGGCCCCCUCGGAGGACUGGACGUCCGCGUGGUCGGCCCCGGGGGCCGGCCCCCGGCGCCAGGGCGCCCCGCCGGAGCAGCCGGCGCCCGAGGCCCGGAGGCGGCGCGAUCUCGAUGGGACGGACGGCCAGAGGACGCCCAAGCAGAAUGGGAAGUGCUACGUGUUCACCGAGGUGAACGGCCCACCCCCAGACCCCGUGUACAACUUCCUGGCGGACUCCGAGCGAGAGCCGGGCAGGGAGGGGGCGGAGCGACGGGGCAGCCGUCAGGCGGGGGCCAGGGGAGCCUCAGGCAGGCCGCGGGGCCGGGAGAGGGCCCCGCCCCACAAGGAAGUAAGGCGUAACAACCACCAUGCAGAGUACGAAGCGUGGCGUGCCGAACGCAACCGCAUCGAUCAGGAUCGCAUCAACCGCCAGAAGACUGCCGAGGGCCUCUGGCGCCGCGAGUGGGACAACGAGAAAGUCACGCAAGAUUGUAAAGAGGAUGAAGGCUUAAAUGAACCCGUUAGUCAUCCAUCUCAAGGACGUUUUGCCAGCGGGAGAUUUAACUCUGCCCCUUUAGAACGUGAUGGCGAAUCGGCAAAACUGCCAGAAAGAAACCCACCUGCAGGCAAGCGGAAUAUCUGCAAGGUUGACGGGACGCUGACCAUUUCGAUUGCCAACGAUGCUUCUCUUCCCACAACUGGCUCGUUGCAGAGAGUCAGAGUGAGGCCACCGGCGGUGGUGGGCUCGGGCCGGGUCGGUCCACGCCAGAAAGCGCGUGCGAGCUACAGCAGCCAGUCGGAAGACGAGCAGCACUCGCCCCAGAGGCUGUCCCGAGCAGCGGACCCGGCACGGAGCAUCGUCCAGACGGUGAGGUGCAACCCGGCGUCCCUGAGACCUCCCCUGCCCCCCGGCCACUCGCCGGGCGAGGGCAGGCAGGGCAGGAAGAGGAACAUGCGGGGGGACUGCCCCAAGAAGGAGCAGCGUCGGACGGACAGCACGGGCUCGUCCAGAGGAAACGACUCGGAAGGCGCGGGGGAUGAAUCCUGGGAGGACGUGACCACCAGUGGGACGGAGAGCGCUUGCGAAACUUCAGAGGACAAAGCACACUCCGCAAACAAGACCUGUGGAGAUGCUGUUGAAAAUGUUAAAUCUCGGCCAUCUGCAAUUUCUGGAAAUUUAAAUGGCGGAGUAAAAACAGCGAUUCUAAAUGAGAAACCAACUAGAGUUAAUAGAAUUUUAGAAGCAGAAAAUCUCGACAUUGAUGGGAUACCUCGGUUGGAUACUGCCCACUUAAAGUGUUUGGAGUCCGCUGAUAAGCCCUACAAUGAUGAUUACAUCCAACACCGGGAGCUAGAUGUGGAUGGGUAUUUUUCAGCAGUUAGUAAUAAAGAUGUUUUGGAUCAUGAAUCAGAUCUUCUUGACGGAAGGCCAGUUGGAGGAAAAUGAAUCUCAAGGAAGGAAUGAGGCUGUGAGAAAUAUAUAAUGUUUCUAGGAAUGGAUCUUACUAUAUUUAAUCUCUGUAAACUCAUUAUCAUUAUUCAGUACUAUUUGUAGUGUUUUUACACUAGAAUUUUUAUAGCAGGAAGUGUUUAUAAAAAAAAUAUUUAAAUUAUUUAUUAUAUAUUAAAAUUUGUUGAUAUUUCUGUAGUAUUCAUAAUGGUUGAGUAACUAGUUUUAACUAAUUUAGAGUAUUUAUUAUUUAUAUUUAAUUUAGGGAGAUAUAUAUUUUAAGAUAACAAGUUUUUUAUAUGAGGUAUUAAACAUAUUUACCCAACUUUCACACUUUUAAUAUGAAUUGAAAAUAUAUUAAAAGAAAAUACUGUUUGAAAUAUUGUUAAAAUCAGGAAAGAAUGUUUUUUUAUCUGUGUAUAAGUAAAAAUGGUUUGUGAAAAUGUGUUGUGAAUUAUUUGGAAGGUUGUGUAUGUACAUGUAGUAUAUGCAUUAUCUCUUGCAGAAUUUAGUCUAGUUGACAUAAAAUUUGUAUGACUCACAUUGGAAGAGAAAGUGUUGAUUGGCAACAGCUCAUUUUCCUUAAUGUUAAAACAUGGAAAAUGUGGUACAAAGUGAGUGUAUCAACAGUACAGAUUCAGAAUGUGUUCUUAACAUUUGCUGCUGCUCUAAACGCCAAUGGUACUAAGUACUUUUAUAGUCUUUACAUGAAUGAGUGCACUUUCUGUUCAUUCUGGAAGUAGUUAAGUGUGAUGUUUCCAUUGAAACACAACUGUGACAGUAGUGAUCGGGUAUUUAUAGAUUUCACUCGGCUUUUCAGAAUAACGAGAGGUAUCAGUGCUUCUUAUAGUUUUGUAGAAGAUUAAAUUUAUUACAGUAAAAGCUCUGAAAUCUGGUUUUAAGUUUGGGACCAUGAUCAUGAUUAGCGAUUCUGCUGGAUUAUGGAAUGUCAAUAUACCCUUAUUUACCUGAAUACACCACAUCCGUGGAUCAUAAACAAAAACAUUUGUUGUUUGAAUAAGCAUUGAAAGAACUAUAAAAAAAUUGGUUGUCUGUAAAGUCGGUUUACGGACGAUAGUUUAACGUGACAUAACAAAACAUUGAUGAAAUGAUUGCAUACUUUUAUGAAUAAAAUUGAAUCAUUUUUAUUGAAUUAUCACUAUUUUGUAUGGAUACAAAGGAGUGAAAUGAAAUCUACAAUUUAAUUGAUAAAUUUGCUUUUAUUUGCACUAAUUAAUUCAAAUAUGUUUAUUACUUUAACGAAGAGAUUAUUUUAACUAUAACUUUUAUACAUGUUUGCUAUUGAACUUCUUCCAAUCUGUGUUAUUCUGUUAAGGAUAGGACGAUGAUAGGAAAAGUAGGAAACGAAUAGGAGUGUUUCAAGUUUAAUGUGCCUCGAAAAAGUCAAAUCAAUGGUGGUUCCAAUCGAGUGGAAGAGAGAUAGAUGCGGCGCAAGCGUACAAUGAGCGUAACGGGAUAAUGUGCGUAACGGGACACUUUUUCGUGCGUGCAGCCAGCGUUCAUCGAUUUAUUAGACGUCACGUCAAAAACACCCUUUUUUUUUACCAUAUUUUAAAUUUUCUAUUGAAUGUCAUAACAGGACACACUGGCUGGUGGAAGUGGUGAGUUGGCUGUUCGUUUUCUUUGCCACGCACAUCAUAAAUACAGUAGACUUCUGAUUAUCCGGGUGUGGAUUAUCCGGUUUGAAUAUUAACCGUGCCAUAUUAAACUUUCAUAAACCAUAAAAACAAAAAUAAUUUUUUAUUUUUUAUUUCUAUGUGCCCUCAAUGCAACGGCACUUGUGUAGCAUUAAAUACAAUGCAAUGAAUUAAUAAUGUGACGGAUCAACAAACAAUAUUUUGCUUUUCCUCAACAGCUAUUCGCUUCCUUAAAUGCAUAAUUAAUUAUUUCAGCAAACGUUUAUAUUCCGCCAUUCUGCAUGUCACCAACAGCUUUGGAGAGAAAAUCCAGAAGCUUUCAGUGCUAGUUUACCUUGAGCUACUAGGAUACGCUAGUGGAAAAUCAUGGCAGACAUGCAUUUAGUAAACAAGAGUUGGGAAUUACGUUAACAUGUUAGAUAAUCUUUCUAAUAAUAUAAAACUGUAAGUUUAUGUUUUUUCACAUGUAAAUUUUUUUGCAUGCCGCGUGCGCACGUAAAAAUUCAUUCUCAUAUUUUUUAUAAAGCAUCUAAGGAAGUAUAACCUAUUAUCACUACUAUUCACUUCAAUAAAUGUUUUUAAUGAUAUGGACCAGUAUUCAAUAUGAAUCAAUAUAGUAUAAGAUAUAAAAGCACAUAUAUGAUUUUUAUUUGUAUGUUGAUUUUUUUUUAUCUUAAGCAUUUUUUUUAUCUUGUAAAAUUUUUGUUGUAUAGUGCAAGCACAUGGUAAAAAUUCACUCAUUAUUUUAUUUAAUAAUGCGCCUAAAGAAGUAUAACUUCAAAAACACAGGAUGUGUUUAAUUUUGUUACAUCCUGAAAAUGUAACCUACAAUUUCAGAAAAAAAAAAAGUGGAAUUUGCACAGUGCCUUUGUUGCGGCCAGGGUUUUAGGAUGGCCGCUGGGGUUGGCAGGGGUGCCAAAACUCAUUUCUUCUUCAUUCACUUGCUCAGUCAGCGGAUGAAAGAUUUUGAAAAUGGAAAAUAUUAAAUUUUAUUCACAUAUUAUUGCAAGUUUUUUUUGCUAUCAGAAAAGUGCUCUCAUUUGUGGAUUAGACUUAAGUGUCCACUAUUCUGUAGCAGUGAUUACAAAUAAAUUACCAAACUAUUAAAUACUUCUUAUAAUAUGUUAAAACCUGUGUUAACAAUUUUCAGCAGUUUCCAACAGAAAAAAUCUAAAAUAGAAUCAAAAAAGUCAAUUAUGACUGAUAUGUAGUAAUUUAUUUUCUGUUCUGUCUCUGUUAAAUCACUGUUUCUCUACCUUGGCUUGAUUAUUUCUGAAUACUGUAACUGAUAACUCCAAGGAAAUCAACAGAUUAAAAAAAAAAGGGAAAGAAAGUUAGAUUAAAGAAAGGAGUUGAGGAUAAUUACAUUGAAAUGGUGUAAUUUGUUUGAAUAAAAAUAAAAGAGUGCCUUGAAUAUUGAUGGAUGUGAGAAUAAUUCAAAGGAGAAAUAGAAUUAGCAUCCAAAGGAACAAGGCAAAAUGUAUAUGAGGACAUGAAAAAGUAGUAUUUAAUUUAAUUUCAUCUCUGGCUGUUUUUUUUUUUUUGUUGGAGUAAGGUUUUUUUUCAGUGCAUGCAUUUUACAGAUUUAUUGUUUUGGAUGCAGUGUGGACCCACAAGCAUGUGUUCAGUAGUUUUUCUGUCUUUCUUGGAAAACAUAAAUUGUAUCUUGUGUAAGAUGUGUCCCCACAUCCUUAACCCUUGAAGCCCUCUCAUUGGAUCUGCGACUGUUUGGACGUAUAUUUUUUCGAGUUUGAAAAUAUUUAGUUCCAGCAGAUACAUAUGUGUGUGUUGUGUGUGGCUUUAUAAAGUGAAUUUAAUUUUGUUGCAAAUUUUAAAUUCUGCGUUUGUAUCGUUUACUGUUCUAGAUGUAGGUGACUGGCAUACAAUUUGGAAUAAAAUAAUGUGAUUUUUAAGAAA